UCAGUGAGGAAAGGGUUCUGAGAGCCUUGGAAGUGAUAUUCGUGAUCACCGCGAAAUUCUCUAUCGAAUGGUGUAUGAAGUGUCGAAAAAUAAAUUUCACUGCAAGGCUGCCCUGGGUGCAUCUUAGUUUAUUUGUUAAAAAGUGGAUGAAAAAACAACCACAUUUUCUAGAAUAUUUCCAGAAUGAGUGGUUAACAACACAUAAUGAAUGGUAUGAAGAAGUUGGAAAUUUUACACCAAGCACAAAUAAUGCUUUGGAAGCAAUAAACAAUGUUAUAAAAAAGGAAAAUACACUUCGUGAACGUCUCUCUUUAUCAAGAUUUAAAGUAUUCGCAUUUGAAAUUGUUGAAAAAUGGUCCAAGUCUUAUGAACGAGGUCAAAAGCAAUACAGUGACAAGCAAACAAUAUCAUUGGAAUUAUGGACAAGUGGAUAUCGAUGGGUCAAAUCAAACACAUCAAUACUUUCGACUGAAUGUGAUAAUUUAGUUCAGUAUUAUAUAUCUGCUGGAGAUGAAACAAAAAUUACAAACGUCGGUCGUCAUACCUUCCAGUCCUCAGGUCAACACAAACUAUCGGCAGAAUAUGAACGAAAAAAACGAUUAUUACAGUUUGAUGCCGGUGAUCAUCGUUUGGUGAAAACUUUUUACUCGUUAAAACCAAAUGAGAAUCAAAUUCACUCAGCUAAACUUAUCUGGCAGGCUAUAACGGACAAACUACAAGCUGAGCAAGAAAUGACUAUUCUUAAACAGCGUAUUUAUACAAGACGAUUACCAUCAUCCUUCCAGUUGCUCGAUCAUUCCAUUGAUAACAUUGAACAAAUGCUUAAACGGCCAGCAUUUGAGCGAGACAAACGUGCAGCAUUAUUAUCUCGUCGACUCCAGACAAUUGCUCAAUUCAAAUACGAUUCAAUGGUCUUAGCUAUCACUACAACUGAAGAAACAGUUCGAUGUCAUACGAAAAUCAUAGCCGAUGAAAAGAAAAAGCUAGUCGAUACUGCUCACGGACAAGUACCACUUCCAAAGCCUCUUGUUGAAUUAAUGAAUACUAUUGCAGCACGUCAAAGCAAUAUACUACAACGGCAUGAACUUAUUCUCAAACAAAAGCUGUCGGUUGUCGACGACGCUCCGAUGUCAGUAAAUGUGGCUGGUGUCGUCGGAGCAAUGUAA